AUGUUGCCAACAAGCAGCAGCACCAACGACCGGCCACGAUCGAGAGUGAUCGUGCUCUUCGCUGGAAUACUUUUGAUCUGUUUCCUAACAAAACAGACCAGCGCCCUGCAGGGAUACUAUGGCACAAAGAUCGGUGAUCUUUCCGAGCUGCACCACGGUGUCUCCGGCUCGGUAUAUGCCGUCGACGCGAGAACGCUGUUUCUGAAGAAUUUCAACUACGACGGCGAAGGUCCCGCUGCCUACUUCUACGUUGGCAAUACGCGAGCCCCCAGCAACAAGGGUGCCCAUCGUUUGCGGGAUGAACGGGGCCGGGCCGGUGUGCUGCGGCGGUACCGUAACGAGGACAUUACGCUAUCGCUGCCAGAGGGCAAGACGCUGCGCGACAUUCGCUGGUUCUCCGUGUGGUGUGAUGACUUUUCGGUCAACUUCGGCGAUGUGCAGAUACGGAACGAUCUCGACUUUCCGCGCCCGACCAAGAUCGCGGGGCUGAGCGGUGUGCAUGAUGUUACCUCGGACAACAUCGUGAUCGUCGAUGCGCAGACGUUGCUCGUACCCAACUUUAGCUACGACGGCGAGGCACCUGAUGCCAAGUUUUGGGUCGGACGUGGACCGGCACCCACCUCACAGGGCAUUCGCAUCCCGGACGAGAAUGGCAAGGAAACCCCCUUGCGCCGCUACGACAAGAAAACGAUCGUACUGACGCUUCCCGGCGAUCUGACCGUGUUCGACAUCGGCCACUUCGGGGUGUGGUGCGAGGCGUUCACUGUCGAUUUCGGGCACGUGCGCAUCCCGGACCAGAUCAAUGUGCCACCGUCGCUGAAGAUGCUUGGCAUCAGCCCGCAGUCCAAACUGAACUGUGAAGUCCUUCUGGACGAGUUGGCUUUUGAGGUACGGUGGGCAGUGGCCGGGGAAAGUGUCGUCGUACAGCUGGUGGCGAAGUUAGAUGAUGGCGAGUACAUGUCGUUUGGCGUUUCGCCAAACCCGCAGCAGAGCCAGAUGGUGGGUGCCGAUGUAGCGGUCGUCUGGGUGGACAAGGCCACCGGCAAGGGCUAUGCGCAGGAUUACUAUCUCGAUGCUAAGUCGCAAUGCUCCGGUGGUCGUGGAAGUUGUCCCGAUACGCGCAUUACCGAGAACAGCAAUUCGAUCCGGUUGCUCAAUGCGGCUAUGGUCAAUGGGUACUCGAUCGUAACGUACCAGCGUCCGCUGCGCGCUUCGGAUCAUCUCGAUCUGCCCGUCUACACCAACGCAUCGCAGGCCAUCAUCUGGGCGGUGGGACCACUGAACCAGCGAUACGAGGUGUCGUACCAUUCGCACUAUUUGAAGGGUAACAAGUUGGUCGACUUUGGACGCCAACCGUUCUGGAACUGUCCGACACCGGAAUCGGACCAGAAGCAACCGGAACAGCCACAGAAGCUAUCAUCGUCAUCGUCCAGCUAUGGGGGUGGCAACCGUCGGGAGGAUGUGGGCAACAGUGUGCAACAGCAGAGACCUCAGCUACCGGCGACUGCGAGACCACCGGCAAAACCGGGCGCAUGGGACAUUCCACCGAUCCAGUGCUACGAGCCGGAGGAUGGUGUAUUCUACGCGCAGAUGGGACCAACGGGUGGCAAACAGGGCUAUCCAGCUAUUACAGGACACGUCGGAUGGGGCAUUUCGUGGUACAUUAAUGGAUUGCUAAUUCCCGAGAUAAAUGUCGUGCGCGGCAAGACGUACACGUUUGUGGUGGAGGGUGGACUGGAUCCCAACGUUCCCGCCAAGUAUCAUCCAUUCUACAUUACCGACGAUUCCGUUGGUGGAUACGAACAUCAAUCGGAGGAGGAUCGUAAGAAUAUACGCAUUUUUGCCGGAGUACAUCGUAGCCGCAGCGGAAAGCUCGUACCAACGGGUGUUGGACGCCUCUGCAACUGGACACCGAAUCCGGAUGGUCCACCGUCGGACGAGUAUCCUUCGUUUGGUGCGUACCAGCGCAGUCUUUCGCUCAAGUGUGAUGCCGGUGAGCCGGGCAUCAUCACCUGGACACCGGAUGCCGACACACCCGACACCGUGUACUAUCAAUGUUUUACGCAUCGCUACCUUGGCUGGCGCAUUAAUGUGCACGAUGCAUGCGAUGUUGCGCAGCCCAGCGAGCUGGAUGAGGUGUAUGCGGAACCGAACGAAGGUAUCUCGGUGGAGGAAUCGAUACGGCACGAAUCGAAGGUGCUGCCGGCAGAUAACUUCCUGCAGCAGCAUGAGAAUUUCCUGCAAAAACACGAACUGGAUCUGAUCAAGCACCACAAGAUGACGCCGGACACGAAGAAGGAACAGUCGUUCGAUAUCAACCUGGAGGAGAACCCCGAGAUGACGCGCAUUAUUGAGGAUGGCAUACGGGCGGCAGAAGAGUUGGAAGAGAAGCUGCGCGCGAACCAGACGGUGGAGAGCGUUAAUCAAACCGUACCACAUCAGCACCAUCCGGGACAUCCGAGUUUCAUACCCGGCCCACCUGGACACCGUCAUCCGCCGCCUCCUGGGUAUCCGGGAUCAGCAAAGCCCAUCCUUUCGUCGUCUGGUUUACCGGUAUAUCUGCGCCCUCCGAACAGCGGUCCGAUGUUCCGACCGGUGAAGUUGCCUGUCCGGCGUCCGAUCGGCAUGGAGCGUCGCCCGGUGCAUGGGAGUAGACCAACGCGCCCAUUCGUUAUCCCGCAGCCAUCGAUGAUUGUGAGUCACUACCAGAAACCGGUCGCACCGUUGAUGCGACCGUUCGUGACGAAGGGCAAAAUGCCGAUCAAGGCGAUCGCUCCGAUUCUGUUGCUGGGCGAACCAACGGAGAUCAAACCGUUCCGCAAAGGCCCGUCGGUGGAGAUGAUGGUGGCGAAACCGCCGAAGCAGAUUUCUGGUGGUGAGCCGCGUCCUGGUAGCUCACCGGGCGGUCCACCAUUUGCACUGCCGGAAAUGCCUCCGCAUCUGACGAUGAGUUUGAAGAAGAACGAACCGGUGCCGAUUACGCUACCGAUACGCCAUACGAAACCGGUAAAGGAAUCUCACAAGCCGAAUAUUAAACCAAUCUUCAAGAUACCGUACGAUGUGUCGGAACCGAAGGUAUCGUACGAGGGGCACGCCGCUAAUCAUGGGUUCGAGCCGAGUUCGGUCGUAGUGGAGAGUGGGUUUAAGCCGAUCUAUCGCCGGAAAGACGACUACGAUCUUGAGUUUGAGGAUAAUCGUGCGCACGGCUUUUUGCGACGACAGGACGAUGAUAUCGAUGAGGCGAUCGAGAGCGAUGCACUGAUGAUCCAUGGACAGGACGAACCGUCGAAGCAAACAUUCGAACCGAUGUUUAUUCCUUCGCCACUGGACAGUAUGGCGAUGGCACAUGUGAAACCCUCUGCCGGCCCGGCCCGUGAGUCGGCCACGAAGCGUAAUGUUGAAAUCUUACCGGACGAAACGGCCGAUGUGGUGGGCGAGGGACAAGAUUCGCUGGGUGCGGCAAACGAUCGGGCCGAUCCGUUCUAUCUGCCACCGAUCGGUUCGGACGGAUCGGUUGUUUCGUUCGACGGGAAAGCCGUGCUGGACAUGUCGUUAGUGAACGGUCCCGCUGCUGUCGCGCAUCAAAGCGAACCACUUCCGCCGGUUGGAAAUCCGGGCUCGAAAUCGGAACAGUUGCUGCGUGAAACACCUCAGUUUGGUCCGUUCCGUGGUGAGUAUCCACCGAUAGCGGCCUUCCUCGCGCCGGACACUGCCGCUAUCUAUGGGACGCGAGGCUCGAACGCCGUCCAGCCGCCGGUGUCUGAGUAUGCGAAUCCGCUGCUUCCGGGUGGUAUCAAUGCACAGGACAGUGCCAGCAACGAGCACCAGUCCGGGGCGGUAGGUAAACCCAUCUCGACAAAGCUGUCGAUAGUGAAGCCCGUUGCGAACUCGCAAGAGGACCCGAUCCCGUACGAGGAAACCGAAUCGGAAGCCGGUCGAACACGGAGCAAACGGUCGCCCCAUCAUCAUCCGGACCAUCACGGUGACAGCCACGACGAUGGUUGGCAACCGAUGGCUGGUGGUGGAAUCGGCGUCGCAAGCAGCUGGAGCAAAGUAAUCCUUGGGCUUUUAUGCACGGCAUGGCCAACGGUCGUGCUUCGGCGAACGGCGUUGCUGUAG